AUGUGGGUUCCAAGCAUUGUUUGGCUGGCCUGGGCGCAUAGUCUGACCCGUGGCAGUUCGAGCCACACGUCUGAGUCGGGCAUGGCUGUAAGGAGGACCCGAGUUCUCCCCAAGUUGAGUGGGAAGGAGGCAGACAGCUUCUUCGAGACGUGCCAGGCUAACCAGAUCCUACAGAGGCUGCAUUCAGUUCCGUCCCGAGUUCGCAGCAAGGUGCAGAAGGCGGAGGAGUUCUGCGAAAGAGGCGUUGGGACCGCCGUGUGGCAUCCGUUGCCCAACGGCUCACUCGCUGGAUUUUGCUGCCCUGCGAACGCAACCUGGUGUCGCGGCUGUGCGGAAGCUGAUGGCGACGCACAAGCAUGCGGCAGGUGCCGUGGCGGCUGGAUCUUGAAGGAUGGGCAUUGCAGCGCUUGCAUGGACCUCCCUGCGUGGCAGGACCUGCAGGGUAGAAAUUGCCAUGCCGUUGUGGAGGCAGGAGCUUGCAGCACGGGUCGCUUCCACGGCGUCUCUUCGGCGAUGGCAUGCUGCGGCUGCUCGGGCGGCUUGCGCACGGCAACAGCAUUUGCCUACUACUCGGAGCCCAUGGUUUUGGGUGAACGUGUCGUGAACGGCCAUCCGCUGCCGCGAACGGCUUCGCGCUACUCCUUGGACAGCGCUUGCAAGCUCUUAGAGUACAACCUUACGAUCGAUGGCAGCACAGGUGAGCUGCGCUUGAAGCCUGGCUGUGAGUCCGUCGGGUGCGGUGGAGCCAUGGAAGACUUCGAGGUGUCGUGCAGGAUCACCGCCUACGAGGGCCGGCUGAACUUCUCUGCAGAGCUCGUCGUCACCGCCUCGAAAUUCCUUGCCUACGAGAACUCGGUGCUCGUGGCCAGGGCCGCCACGGCUGCUAAAUCGGCGACAGACUUCACUCCGCGGUUUGCAGCAGAGAUAUCGCCCAGGGAUCUCCAGCUCAGCUGUGCGCCGGAGCUCGUGUCCGGGUCCUCUGCUUGGCUGCGGCUUCGGGACGACGGCGGCCUCACAGUGAACGCCACGGCGAAGGAAGGGCUCCCGGGAGUCACGGACCUCCAGCUCCCGGGGCUCACUGCGGCCAGCGGCAGCCUCUGUCACGUCCAGCAGGGCAAGAACGUGACGGCUCUGGCUGUCUUGGUGCCGGACACCUGGACCUCCAUCCACUAUCCGCAGGCCUCCGUGAUUGUGGCACCGGGUGCAUCCCUUGGCCCGGCCCUGGAGCCUCUGACCACGGGCCAGGUGUCUCCAACCCGUUUCUCGGCCACCUGCAGCUCCAACUUCACCAAUGGCUCCAUGGAGAUUGAGUUUGACGACCUGACGGGCCUGGCGACCGUGGCAGGCUAUGUCGUUUUCCAGUUGAACACAGCAACAGGUGCCGUGCAGGUCUCGCCUGAGGUCAACCUGUCUCACAUCUUCGACGUAGAGAGCACCGCCGGCAAAGCAGUUCCACGUCGAGGCCGUUUGGACGUGUCCUGCAUCAUCCUGGGCCACUUCGAAUGGCAAGUGGGCAUACCGCAAAUCCCCAUUCAGGGAAGCUUUCACAUCUCCGUGCAGGAUUCCACCUGCUGGAAGCGAGCACUGGACACGGGCCAUGGCUGGAGCCUCGCGCGAAGCCUCGGAGGGAGCUCCCUUGGCCAUGGCGAGUGCCGCCGGAACUGCAGGAGAGAUCCAGGCUGCGCUGUCUACAGCUACUCCCCGGGCCUCUGCGUCUCCCUCGCACCGUGCGGCCCACAUCCGAAAGACGAGUGUCAGCCCUACGUUGAGGCAGUGGAGAAGGUUGCGAACUGCAGCAUGGAACACACGUGUCUCAACCUGACGGCUGCUGAGCCAGUGUGGCUGUACAGUGGCAUCUUCUGCCCGGUGGCAUUUGGGGUGGAGCCAGCCACGGACAAGCUCAGCUGGGUGUAUCGCAAAGAGGAGCCGGUUGUCAGCGCGCUGGACGUGUUCUACCUGCAAGCUUCCGAGAUGGAUCCAGAGGUCGCGUGCGGCUCUGGCAAUUUGCUUCUUACCAGGAGUAAUGCCACAUGGGAUUUUGAGAACGCGACUUCCAAGUACAUGGAGCUGUUCGGCUCUCACGUCGCAUGCCUCGUCAGUGUGUCCGGCGCAGAAGUGGUUCCAGCCACCUUCGAGCGCGGAGAAGUGAGCCUUUUUGGGCAGAACGAGACGGACUACUUGGGCAUAGGCUUGAGGCUCACGUUGAAGAGCCAGCAUUGCCCACUUCCGGAGACGGACGAAGAUGGGGAUGACGGCCUUGUUCAAGAGGCUCUACUCGUGGAUGAUCCAACCACCACCACGCUCAAUGACUACUCCUUGCACGCCUGCGAUUGCUUCCCCAUGUCCUGGGGCAUUGAGCCGCCAGUCACGGACGAGAGCUUCAUGUCAGUGCCCGGUGGCGAAAACCAGUUCGUGCCUGAAGCCAUUGAGAUCGCACGGGGCUCGCUGAUCUGUGACCAGCGCUUCCUCCAGCCUGUUUUGGCCAUGAUUCCUUUCCCGUCAAGUGAGCUCGACUGCCGCAAGGCUUGUCAAGUGCAGUCGACUUGCUCAUUUUAUUGGUUUGGUUCGGCUGCGAACUUGGAGCAGUGCCGACUCUACAGCGACUGCAAGGCCUUGUUCCAGGAGCAUGGCAGCAGUGGCGUCUUAGGAGGUAUUCUGAGAAGCCACGUGUGCCGCCGAGCAGAUCCUGCAAAGUGCUGGGCCAUCAGCAAGCGCCGUACUUUCCUGCAAACUGGCAAAGAAGAUGCUGGCGCUGGCGGUGCUGAUGCUGGCAUUCUCCCCGCGAUUAGCCCGUGCCUUUUCUCGAGGUUGGUGGAGCAGUGCGACUUUCAGCUGCUGCUCGGCGGCUUCGGAGUGGAGGAGUGUUUUGGCUGCACUCAUGCGCUGGUGCAUGAAGGCGACACAUGGCCCGAGAAACGCCGCAUGCCCCGCCUGUUUUCGCCUGGCAGUCAGCUCCGCUACUCGUGCUGGGCAGAGCGCUACACGGCCGUGACGGUUGUUCAGCCAGGAACGCAAAGCCCCAGCUACAACCUCUCCUGCGCAGGCGGCAAGUGGUGGGGCCCGGCAGGGCAGCUGGGCUUGAGCGGCUUUGCCUGUGGCGCUUGUGUGCAAGUGGUUCCCCCGGACUACGUCAGGUACCAGGAGGAGAGAAAGCAGGAGCUCUACUUUGUGCCGAGCCUGGCACUUAAGGUUGUCAUUGACCAGCUCAUGCCGCUGGUGCUGAAUUUUGACGGCACGCUGCAGAAGUUCUUCAUCCCCGACUCCGUGCAGGUGGACUUCAUGGAGGGUGGUGCAGCACUUUCUCUGCCUCAGCGUGCGGGCUGCUUGAAUUGGCUUGGCGGUCAUAACGGCAGCUUGGUCAUCAGCCCGGAGUGCCAGCCAUUAUGGUGCCCCACAACUACGGCAGUAGGCUGCCAGGCUCGUCCAGGGGAACUCUUUCUUUGCCGAGCUGACGACCGGUCUCAGUGUCUCUACUCCGAGGGCUCUCAGAAGCUGCUGCUGAAUGCCGCUGGUAGAUUUUGCCCCACCUCCUUCUCAGCGACGGGAAGGAGGUCUCCUGCCCAAAUGCGAUCCACAGCAAGGGACGCAGCUUUGCCUGAGGACGCGGCCCUGCUGCAGCUGCGAUCACCUGUGUCGGCUUGUGCAACAGGCUGGCCGCAAGGGGCGCUCGAGAAAGCGCCCCAGGCUGUUGAUCUAUUUGUCUGGGCCGCUCGGCAUGGCAACCACGCCGGUCAGGGCACCUUCCAGCUUCGAAAUCAAAUUAACGGACAGUGUUUGACGGCAACGCAGCGGGACUUGACGUCAUCGCCCUGCGAGAGUGACGAGCUGACACAGCGAUUUGACCAGGAUGCACUGGACGGCUUGUUGCACGAACAGGUCGCCUUGUCGGGCACUAACCUUUCUGGAGGGAAGAGGCUUCAAGAGGAGCAGCAGAGCUCCCAUCCGUUGUUUCGCUUGAGCUUCGGAAAAGAUUGUGGACCCUACUGCUUGGCCAACCUCAGCUUCCAGGCGAAUGCGUCCACUUUCGAAGGCUGCGAUCUUGCAGCUGCGGCUGACGAACCCUCCACAACUGAGUCUACUUUCGCCCUGCCCACCAUGAGAUUUUUGAACGGCUCCGCCUGUUUGGUGGUUGUGGUCAACAGAACCUACUUAGCUUGGAGCAGCUCCUGUGAAAGAGGCUACAGCGACUGGUAUCAAAACGGCACCCGGCUCGAAUCUGUGCUCUUUCCCGGCAAGUGCAUCGAGUUUGAGAAAGGCAGAAACCAUUACAGAUUUCAGGAUUGUGGGAAGGAGAACGGUGAAGAUGCACAAUGGAAUCCGGAGCUGCAGUGCAUUUCCAACCGCCUGGCCACUAAGUGCCUGAUCUACUGCACUUCUUGUCUGGGCUUUUGGUGGAGCCCAAUUCCCGAAGUGGUGGAGUGUGAUCGUGUCCCCGAAUACUAUGCUACCGCUGACCGCCAUGCUUCACCAUUGCAGCGGCAGGAAGACCUCAACGUGCUCGAAUGUCCCAGUGGCUCCCUGAUCAGCUACGUGCAAAAGAAGGCUUGGAGCGCCUUUCUCUUCUACAAGUGCAGCAGAAUGGCAGCCCUUGGCUCCUGCGAGCCUGUCUUCCCCCCAAGCUACAAGAACAGCGACAGAGCCUUCCGUGAGGCGCCCUUGGCAUGCCCCAGCAGUGGAAUGGGUCUGCAGCGUGUGCAGAUUGAUGAGACUGACGCCGAAGGAGCUAUUUCUUUCAGGCUACACUGCUGCUACACUGUCCCCUUGUCCACGGCUGUGCGCCCCCUUGGUUACAGACUUCCCGGCGUCUGGGGGCAGUUUUCAGUGGAGAAUGGCGUGUAUUGUCCCGUUGCCCGCGACGGAACUGGGCGGCUCACGUACAGGCAGCAGCUCAGCUUUCUCGAUCCUGCUCUGCCGCCCCCAAAGAUGGCCUUGUAUUUCAACUUCUCUACCGGCGCCUGGUGUCUGGGCAGCGGCAGCUGCAUCCCUAGCUCCGCACUAGAGCCCCUUCAAGAGGGUCCCUUGCAGGGCCCUGAUUGGGCUGUGGUACCCGUCGACGAUUUCGAUGGCAUCUUCGUCCAAGGGGAUGCAAAGGGCAUGGCGGCAGCUGUGGCCAAAGGCAGCCUCAAGGCAAAGCCCAAGCCAACCUUGCUCACCUUUGUCGGCCGCACGCAAGAAGUGGCUCCCGAGUGCAAGGUGCUGGUACCCGAUUAUGAAACCGUGGGCCAGUUCUUGCCAAGCUCGAACCCAUGCUCUUACGUGACCGGUCCCGCGGCCAGCUGGGUCUCGAAGAGGUCUGCGGAGGACGAGGACGAGGACGAGGAUCCAACCGAACUCUUGUUUCAGUCUGGCUUCGACUACAACAAGGUGCUGGGCUGCUUCAAGCGCCAAGGGGCGCGUGACACGCUUGCCACGGUCUACACCGACGAUGUUUCGAUUGCGGGCUGGACCAUAAACUCCGUUGGCAAAGGUUUAGACGUGAUUUGUGAACUCUUUGGUAAUCAAAUUAUUGCCCCCGGGGGUGCGGGUGUCAAACAUUCAGCUUCUGGCCUCUGCGAAGCACGGGCGCAUUUGGCCACCGCAAUCACCCAAAAUUCUUUCAAAAUCGCCGGGUAUGCAAAAGAAAAGAAGCUUGCAGUCGCGUCCAGCAGUGAUUGCGGUGGCCAACAGGCUGCAUUCUCCAGGCUGUGGUGCGACCUCCACUGCGUCAAGGAUGCUGUCCUGCAGGGCAAUGCGGCGAUGAGGACGAACCUCGAAGAAGCUGUGCGGGUUGUGAAUCAGAAUGUCGAUGCGCUCACCGAAUACUAUGCAGGCCUUCUGAAUCAGAAGCUUGACGUGCUUUCCGAACGCCUGGAUGAGUUCACAAGUCAGAAGCCCACUCUGCAAGUUGAGGAUCUGCGAGCUUCGCUGAGCUCACGCUUGGCGACAGUAAGCAAGCUCCUGUCGGAAGGAAAGCUGGACACGGUGGGCCUCACCGCCUCCCAUCGGGCCCUGGGAAACUUCUUACUAGAUAUGCGCUUGAACCUUGAGAACCUGAAGAACGCCACAGCUUCGGAGGCCGGGGCUUCUUCUUCCAUGGAAGAAGGCAUGGAGUAUGUGCUCGGCAGGACCGACGCGCUAGAACACGCCGUCGCAGUGCUUGCAAGGGGUCGCAAGACUUCGAAGAGCCGUGCGGUGGGUGAGCUCACAGUUGAGGCAGCCAGGCUCAUGCAGGAGGUGGCCCGUUCCCGGAACAACCUCCUCGGCGUCUACAGCCACCGUUCCUCGGAGUGGAAGAAUCGCCAAAAGCAGCUGCUUCGAGGGCCGGAGAGCAAAAGCCUCCUGGAAUCCGACAGCAUUCUAAGCCCCAUCAACCCUCUAAGCUCUGUAAACCCUGGUGAUGUUUGGCAAGUGCUGGUGUCCUUGGACGGCACCUGGUGGAGUCUCCGGGCCUCGCUGGACAAGUACUUGAACCAAGCCCUUCGCCAUGCCAAAACUUACCUGGCAGCUGCCAAGAUGCUUCACGGCUACGUCGGCUGCUCCGCUCGCUUCGAUGAGAUGCAGACGCUCUACAGGGACUUCCUGAAAGCCGAAGAGGAGCACUUGAAAGCUCUGAAGGAGGUCUGGGCUGCGGCGGUCCCCUCUGCCGGCCUCCUCGUCUCGAAACUCGUGGACAGCAACGCCUUGGUGAAGCUCAGCUUAGCGGACGCGGAGGUUGCUCGAGAGGAGCUACUGCAAGACAACGUGUGCCAAAGGCUCCCGAAGAAUGGGACGGAGCUCCAGGCUUUGGUGGCGCAGCGGCUCGACGCUAGUUUGGCUGCCGGGCUUUCAGGCCAGACAGUGCAACAGCUGCUGGUCCUCAUGCAGGAGCUGAAGAUGCUCCAGACGAGCUUCUCGGACGUGGGCAGUGUCCCAGACGAUGUUGACGUCAUGGUGCAAACUAUUGAGCGGGCUCAAGCAGUACUCGAGGAGAGCAUGGCUCUACCGCCGCAUUUGGCCCGGAAGCUCUCGAAGAUAUGUUUGGAGGUGCAUAAGACUUCGAAGGUGCUGUAA